AUGUUCGGUGAAAUUGAAUGCGCGUCGGGAUUUUACCAAAUGGGUCAGGGCGCGGCACGGCCGCCGUCACGCGUCACAGCCCUCCGGGUCACGCAGCGCGUCCAAAACACUCGAACAGGCGAGGACAGCUGCACGUUAACGUACAGCACGCCCUCCGGUCUGCAGCUGUCCUCUCAGCCCUCCAUGCUCGGCUCACCCUCGAAAAGGAGAUACAGCGCUGAGGAGAAGCAACAGCUACUCGCCAACCUCGACCUCGAAGUCGAGCAUCGUACACGGCAACUCGAGGAAUGGCUCGCGGACACGCUCCAGAACUUCCUGCUGCACCAAGAGGGCCAGAUCUCCCGCAUCCCCCGCAUCGUGCGCGAUAUCACGCUGCGCGAAUUCGCGAAGUACGACGGGAACGUACAGGAGUGCGUCAAGGGCCUCAGACGCGAGUUGCUCGGCACGGAGGACACUGCGAUCGACCCGAGCACGCGCAAGAGGAAGUGGGUCGCGUCUCAGGACACAGAGGACAAGGCGGACGCGAAGGCGAGUGGAAAUGCGGUGGCUGGCUCGAGUAAGGAUGCAGAGUCCUCGAGAGGCGUUAAGAGUGCUCGUACAAUGACUGCUACUCCAAAGAAGAAAGCUGGGCCAUCGACUGGUCCCGGAACAGCACAACGAGCACGGUUCCAAAUGCCCAAAACACCCAAUACUAUCCGUACGGCACAGCGUGUCCCAUCUAUGACGUCUCCUAGCCCCCACAAAAUUGGGCUCACCAAACCUUCCCUCUUCCCUCGCCACCCCACAUACCUCGCCUCACCAUCCAAAUUGCCUUCAUCAUCUAAACCUCCGAAUGCACAUCCUCCCUCACGACCCGUCCGGCCACCUUCGUCGUCCACCUUUAACCCAAUGCUCCCACCCUCACAGCCCCGCUGGCCGCGCCGAGACGAAAGCAUGCUCAGCAUCAACGGCUCUCCACUUGCAAACCCUUACCAGCUCGGGCUGAACGGCUACUUACAGACCGUAGCCGAGGGCGACCCGCUCGGCCGCGCCGAUAGCGACAGCAGCGAGCAUGAACUGCCGCGGCCCACACUGCAGAAGAAGAACAGCAUCAUCGUCCGCUCGUCCUCCCUCUCGUCGCAGUCCAACCCCCGCGCACUCAACGGCCUGCACUCGCGAACAAACUCGCAGUCGAGCGUAUUCGCCCAGUCGCACACUUCGCGUGCGGAGCACUCCUCCAACUCGCACACAAACGCCAAUGGCGCCGGGUCGUCGCGGACGAAUAAUCCCCCAGACGACGCGAUUCCCCCGGAGGGUGCGCAGGAGAAUCCGUUCUUGUCGCUGUCCGCGCUCGUGUCGGUCCCGACCAAGGACGGGCAUGUUUUGGAAUUCGACCCGUUACGCACGUCGCCGGAAGAGCUCGAUGCGCUGGAGGGCAUUUCCGACGGCGCGAAGAAGCAGGCGAAGGAGGAUAUGGCGAGACUGAUACAAGCAGCAGUGGAGCGGUGGAAAAUCAGCUAG